GGGGGGCCACGGGGGCCAUGGCCCCCCCUCGUUGGCCGUAUUUACUAGAUUCUGUUUUAAAGAUUUAAAUUUAUUCGUAUACAUGAACGCAAUGAACGCAUACUACAAUAAUACUCUUAUACCAGCAUUCACUAUUCAGUAAUCACUAUUACUGUUAUCAUGUUUCACUAACGUGGUUCUUGUUCAAAAGGGCGCCAGUGAGUAACACAGCUGUUUUGGUGACAUGGACAGUUUAAUGGUCUCCGUACCACAAUCUUCGUUGUGUAAAGUGUAAAUAGUGUAAUCAGUUAUCACUUAUCAAUAUUCAGAAAAUCUACAACCGUAUCGUUAACGUAAAAUACGUAAAAUGUGUAUUAUUUUACGAGUUAGUCAAUAGUCAUUAGUCAUAGUGUAAAUUAUUAAAUUAUUCAGUAAGCAGUAAUUUUUUUUGUAUUCAAAACUAUAAAUUAAAUAGCAAUAAGUAUGUCUGAAAAGAGAACUAUGUUAUAUUCAAUUUUCAAUACGAAGAAAAAAAAAGUUGAACAUUUUAAUGACACGUCCUCAAUUAUUGGUAAUGUAGACGCAGUGACUACGGAUAAUUUAAAAAAUAGCCAAGAAGAUAAUAAAGAAUUGCAUGGUUCUGCCUCAACUACAACUCAUAUUUUGCACGAUAUUGCUUCUUUUGUAGUUAGUAGAUCUUUAAAUAGCUCUGAAAUAACUGCUUGCUUGAAAAAUGCAUAUAUACCUCCACCUUCUUACGAUUUUCCUAUAAGUAUUGAAGGUAAACGGAAACGAAAAUUUCAGUAUAAAUAUUUACUAUCAUUUCCAUGGCUUGCUUAUAGCGUAAUUAAACAAGGUGCUUAUUGUAAAUGGUGUGUAGUUUUUUCGACUACCGGAGGAAAUCAGUGUUUAGGUAAAUUAGUUAAAGAACCGUUAGUCAAGUAUAAGAAUAUAAUUGUUGAUUUACAAAAUCACGAGAAAAAAGAAUAUCAUCUUCUAGCAGCUCAAAAGGCGAAUAACUUCAUACGUAACACUGAAAGUGGAUUUGAAAAAUCUGUGGACGUAUUGUUGAAUAAACACAAACAGCAAGUAAUUGAAUACAACCGUAAACGACUUAUUCCCAUUGUCAAAACUAUUAUUUUUUGUGCUAAAAAUAAUUUAUCUUUGAGAGGACAUCGAGAGUGUGGUUCAAUGGCAUCAGAAAGUAUAAGGAACAGUUGUUUGUCCGGUGAACAGGGUACCUUGCGAGCACUUCUAGCGUUUCGCGUAGAGAGUGGUGACAAAGAUCUUUUAUCACAUUUUGAUACUUCAUCCAAGAAUUGUACAAUGAUUAGUUCUGUGAUUCAAAAUGAAAUUAUUGAUGUAAUAGGUAAUCUUGUUAUAAAAAAAAUAGUUGAAAGAGUAAAAAUGGCCAAAUACUAUUCUAUACUUUGUGACGAAACAACUGAUGUUUCCACACUAGAACAAAUGACUAUUUGCGUUCGUUAUGUCGACGUAACGACUUGGCUUAUUCGAGAAGAUUUUCUAGGAUUUAUUGAAAUGGUUUCAACUACUGGUACAGCUAUUAAAAAUACGAUCGAACAAAAGCUAGUUUCUAUAGGUUUAAAUAUUGAAAAUAUUCGAGGCCAAGGUUACGAUGGUGGUAGUAACAUGUCUGGACGAAUAAAUGGUGUUCAAGCUCUUAUUCUAAAAGAGCAACCUUUAGCUUUUUACACCCAUUGUUUUAACCAUUCUCUCAAUUUGUGUUUAUCCAAAGCAUGCGAAGUAUCCGCAAUAAAAAAUAUGAAUGGAAUUAUUUCUACAAUUUCAACUUUUUUUUCUGCUUCCGCAAUACGUGUCAAUAAACUUAAAUCUAUUAUUGAGUCAGAUGAAAAAAAUAAUAUAAAAAAAAAUAAACUCAAGACAUUAUGUGAGACUCGUUGGGUUGAGAGGCAUGAUGCAUUAAUUACAUUCAAAGAAUUGUUUUUGUACAUCAUAGAAGCUUUAGACGACUAUGAAAAUAAUGGUAGUAAAUCAGAUUCAUCAAGUAAAGCAGCGAUGUAUGGUAGUGCUAUCAGAAAAAGCGAUUUUCUUGUUUCAUUAGAAGUAGCAGUUUUUAUUUUUUCUUAUACAUUAAAUUUAAGUCAAAUUCUUCAAAGUAAACAACAAGACUUAUCAAAAGCACUAAAUGAUGUUAUAACUGUACGAGAAUCUUUAGAAUCUAUCCGUAAAGAUGUUGAUAGUCAUUUCAAAAAUAUAUUUAGUGAAGUACUUAAAAUUGCUUCUAAAAUAGACGUCGAUAUUAAAAUACCUCGAGUUUGUGGCAAACAAAAUCAAAGAGCUAAUGUGAAUGUUACAAAUCCGGAAGAUUAUUACAAAAUAACUAUAUUCAUUCCAUUUAUUGACCAAAUUAUAUGUGAAUUAAGGACUCGAUUUGAUCAAAGGUUAAGAGAAAUUAUUCCACUUGAAGGGUUAAUCCCAUCACAUUUCAAUAAAUAUGAUACUAAAACUAUUUUGGAGGCUGCAAAAAUAUACGAAAAUGAUCUUCCCUUAAAUGCGAUUGUUACAUUAAAGGCUGAAUUAAGUAUAUGGCAAAAUCAAUGGAAAGACGAUGGACAAAAUAGCACAGUGAAUAAACCUCAAACCGCUAUUGAGACUUUACCUUAUUGUACAAAUAUUGUGCCUAAUAUUAAAUUGCUUUUACAAAUAUUCACAACUCUUCCUGUUACAACAGCUACGCCAGAACGUACUUUUUCUACCUUAAAACGACUGAAAACCUACUUAAGAUCAACAAUGACUGAAAAUAGACUAAAUGGAUUAGCUUUAGUAAAUAUAAAUAAAAAAGAGGUCAUUUCAGAAACUGAAAUUAUUGAGGAUUUUGCAGAAAAAGCACCAAGAAAAUUGCAACUCAUAGAUUGGUCAAAAUAAUUUUAUACAAUUGUAUAAUUUGUGUGUAAUUUUGACUAUUUUGAGUAUAAUUUUAUAAACUUAU